AUGGAUGAUUCACAACAACGUCGUUCGUGGUCGUUCCACGUAAUUGCCACCGAGCAGCUGCGUGAUAGUGUGAAGAAAGUCUGGCCCGAGCAGCUACGUGAUACUGUGGAAAAAGUCUACCUCGUGCGGGUCUGUCACAGCCCGUUGAUUUGUUAG